GUCUGCGUGACAUUUUGUCACGCAGCCCUCACACGGAUUGCAUUUCCCUCCAAGAUUUCUUGUCCUUGUCCUUGUUAUUGAGCGUAGAAUUUAUGGAACCCGCUCAAUUUCUUUAACUUAGUGUGCAAUUUUGGUCUCCUUUCAAACAACUUAAAGGCGUUUGAAACAAUUUUGUCGGCAUUUUGCGAACCUGCACACCGACAGAGCAUAUUAGCGGACAAAGGUGUUCCCUGUUCAAGCAACAAAGGCCUUGUUGUAGUCUUUCUUUGACACCCAGUCAAGCCACUUGGAUCCAGUCCUGACGCAUGGCUUGCACUGAAAAAGAUCGCGUGCAGCGUUUUUCAAAAUACCGAGGCCGGCAGUAUUCUCCAGACUGAAAACUGCAGUUCCUUUUAGAUAGAAACCUAAUCCAGUGUCAUUCCUUUGUGUAAGCCUUGCCUUGAGGAUGCGAUGAUUACCUCGUUCCCUGUGAAGAAGGACGUGUUUGCCCAUUUGAAAGUGGGAAAUCCGAAGUCCUUCCGUCGGCUUUUCACUAGCAAACUUGUAAGAUUUGUGAUAGCUUUUUUCCUUCUCCUUUCUAUUGUAACUGCUGAUGGAUAUGAAAAGAGAGUUUCUCCUGAAGUGCCUUCUUUUAAUCAAACAGAUCUGCCAGGAUUGAAUGCUUCUGAAAGAUAUACAAUAGAGGCCAAUGCAAGCAGAAGGACAACCAACAUACACAAUGAAGAAAAUAGCACAGCAGUACCAUUUUUAGCAGAAAAAGACUAUUUAUUUAGUGAAAACCCUUUAAAAUACUCUGUACUUUUUAUUCUUAGACAAGCUGUAGACAAUAGUAGAUUUCUCAUAAAUGUUAAUGCUGUCCAAGGAAGUUUAUCUGAAACUUUAUACGCCAUUACAGUUCGCAAUAGAACGGUUUUGUUCCGUCAUAAUAAUUCCAUUAUUGGACUGUUCAUAUUGGCAAAUGUUUCAUCCUGGCAAAAACUACUAGUAAACUUUAAUCACAGAGAAAUCACUGUAACCCAGGAGUGUGUGGAAUUCAACUACUUAUCUCUACCAAGCACAAGUAAUUUGGAAGAGUGGGAGAAGAUCACUGUUACAGUGCAAACUGAGAAUUCUCACGACAAUAUUGAGGAAGACAUUUGUGAACUGUUGCUAGUGGACGAUCAAGAAAUUGUAGAUAAAUUUUGCAACAGACCUUUAUCAAAUGAUUGUGCCAAUAGAGUGCACUUCAGUGCUGAACAACAGAUAAUGGGAAAUCGGAACAAUGUUGAAACACAAUCAGGCCAGGGUCUCGUUUCCAUGCCAGCACCGUCUAGAGUAAAGGGUCCCCCCAGCAAUUCAAAGAAGGGAAUUACCAGAGUUAUUAGAGUCAUUCAGUCUCCUGGACAUCCUGGAUUGGUUGGGGAGAUAGGACCAAAGGGCUUUAAGGGUGACAAAGGCAGAAAGGGUCCUUAUGGCAUCCCAGGAAAACCUGGUCCUCGAGGCCCUCCAGGUGAGAGGGGUACUGAAGGACUUAAAGGAGAUCCUGGAAUUGUUGGACACCAGGGCCUUGGGGGUAGAAAAGGCCCAAAGGGAUUCCCAGGACCAUUGGGUGAUGCAGGUGAAAUAGGCAUGGCUGGUUUACCUGGGGUUGAAGGUGUUCAGGGUGCAUCUGGCCCUGCUGGUGUGCCUGGCGAUCCAGGACCUGAAGGGUUUCUAGGCUCCCGUGGGCAAAUGGGUUUGAUAGGAGCAUCAGGAAACCCUGGAGUUCAAGGACCGCCGGGUUCUAGAGGAAUUCAAGGACACGAGGGAGAUCGUGGGCAACAAGGACCAGAGGGGAACCGUGGUAAAAGAGGAGCAAAGGGUAAUUCUGGAAGUAGUGGAUUCUAUGGCGUGAAAGGGAAAAAGGGAAUUACAGGUCCGCAAGGCCCAAAAGGACAACAAGGUGCAAAAGGCCACCAGGGCAUUCCAGGCCCGGUAGGAUUGAGAGGUGCGCAGGGUGCUCCGGGGUCAAAGGGUCCACCAGGAGAUCCAGGAUCGCAAGGUUCCACAGGAUUUACCGGUCACAAGGGUAUGCCUGGAAAACCUGGGAGGGCUGGAACACCUGGCCAGAAAGGAAGCUUAGGUCCUGUGGGAGAACUCGGAAUGUAUGGCCCAAAAGGGAACAAAGGAGAUAAGGGUGACAGCGGUCGUCGUGGUUUUCGUGGUAGACGUGGAGUGCAAGGAGACCCAGGAAGAAAAGGUGGAAGAGGUUACGUUGGCUUAAAUGGAGACAAGGGAUCAUUGGGAACGAUUGGAGAAUCCGGCCUACAAGGACAGCUGGGAUUACCAGGAGCUGCAGGAGCCCUCGGCGGUCCUGGCGCAAGAGGACCUGCGGGAUUUCGUGGCCCAAACGGUACACUUGGUGCGUUAGGGAAACCUGGACCAAAGGGCAUUGUUGGGAAGCCUGGUAACCAGGGACCACAUGGCCCAGAAGGACAAGAUGGACCUGUUGGAACGCGUGGAUCAAUUGGAGAAGCUGGACCUCAAGGACUACAAGGUGAAAUAGGUCCCAAGGGAGGCCGUGGCAAGAUUGGCGAGCCAGGAAAACAGGGUGUCACUGGUCCUCCUGGAUUGAAAGGUGCUGAUGGAAUCUUGGGCCCGCAUGGUGACGAGGGAGAAGUGGGGCCCAUAGGCGAUCCAGGACAAAUAGGUUCUGUGGGAUCCCAAGGAGUCAUGGGCUUUCCUGGACACCAGGGUCCAUCUGGUCCAUUGGGUAAGCCUGGUCUGGCAGGGACUGAAGGAGAACAGGGAGACAGUGGACCUCUAGGCUUUCAAGGGUUGGCAGGGACCGCCGGCGAAGAGGGGGAGGAUGGCUUGCCCGGUCAGAGAGGUCCUCCAGGAAGUCAGGGGCCGUUUGGUGGACCGGGACCUCCAGGCAAAACCGGAAGCAAAGGAGCAAGUGGCUUAAAGGGUGAGGGUGGUGCGCCAGGACCUAAGGGACCCAGAGGAGACCAGGGCUCAAAAGGAACUGUGGGAGAUGGCGGAUUGCCUGGAACUCAAGGAAGCUUGGGGAAAGAGGGCCAGUCUGGACUGUCUGGUUUGAUUGGUACUCCAGGAAUGCAGGGACCAAAGGGCGAAGACGGCAAUCCUGGUUUAUGGGGAGAUCCUGGAAUGAAGGGACAGGAGGGAAUGCAGGGUUUGCGAGGAAGACCAGGUUCUAGAGGUGACAUGGGCCCUAUAAGUAGUGAGCCUGGUGCUCCAGGAGAAAUGGGAGAAGAAGGUGACAUAGGAGAGACGGGUGAAAAGGGGGAGAAAGGAACUAGAGGAUCAUCUGGAAGAAAAGGACGAAUGGGUUAUGCUGGCGAAAAAGGACUGUCUGGUGAACGUGGCAUGCCCGCAACACUGGCGUUUGUGGGGGCACCAGGGAAGAGAGGAGACAAAGGCUCGACUGGAGGUCAGGGUUUUCCUGGUGCUCCAGGCCCUCCUGGAGAUGCCGGAAUUAUUGGUCACGGGGGACUUACAGGUGUCCCGGGUGUAAAUGGACUUAUUGGUGACCCCGGAGGGAAGGGUGAACGCGGGAAAAAAGGCGAGGAAGGCAAAAACGGUUCACCCGGACUUAAGGGCCAACGUGGAUUCAAAGGACAAAGCGGAGAUUCAGGGAUAGAAGGACCUAUGGGAGCAAGAGGAAAAGCAGGUUUUCAGGGCAACGUAGGAGGGAAGGGUGAAAAGGGCGAACAAGGUGACCAAGGUAGCCUUGGAGCUGGUGGACAGCCAGGACCAAAGGGACCUGUUGGUCUACCUGGAAUGAGAGGGCUUGACGGUUCCAGAGGACCUCAGGGAGCAAAAGGUGCGAUUGGACCUAUUGGCUACCUAGGAACAAAAGGCGUGGAGGGACAUCCCGGAGGAAAAGGUGCACCCGGAGACUUGGGAACUCGAGGCGAAAUGGGGGAGAGAGGUAGUCCUGGAGACAAGGGGCCUACCGGCCCGAAAGGAAAGCGGGGAUCUGAGGGUCCUGUGGGACCUCGAGGACAGGCUGGCAAGGCAGGAGAAAGGGGAGAUGCUGGAAUGCCUGGCCGUGAGGGCAGCCCAGGAUCGGAUGGAAAUGAGGGUCUUUACGGUGUUGUGGGAGGCAGAGGCGUACCGGGAGCUGCAGGUCAGAAGGGGCUGAAAGGAAUCUCCGGUGCAAGUGGACCACCGGGUCCCCCUGGCCAGGUGAUCGGACUUCACAGGCUUGGUCAUCAUAAUUACCUGGAUCAGUCGGUACAAAAUCUCAAGACGCUACUGUACAUGUCUUCAACGGUGGAGAACUACAAAUUUCCUUUAGGCACCAGGGACAAUCCAGCUAUGACUUGUAAAGAACUCAUGGACAUUGACGACAUUCGGGAUGGUUAUUACUGGAUUGAUCCAAACCUUGGUUGCCCUGCUGAUGCCAUUAAAGUGUACUGCAACUUUACAGCUGGUGGAGAAUCCUGUGUUCCUCCUCUUCGGGAUAAAAUCCCUAAAAGGACCUGGAAAAGUGGCCCAGAAGCAACAUGGGAAAGAUUUUCAAAUCUUGAACAAGGUUUUAAGAUCAGUUACCUAGCCAGUAAAAUUCAGUUUAACUUCCUGCGACUUGUCAGCACCAGAGUCAGACAAACCGUGACAGUCAAGUGUAAGAGAAUUGUAGUAUGGUUCCAUAGGGCCACCAAAAGCCAUCGUUACUCGUGGAUCUUUCAUGGAAGAAAAGGAUUCGACUUUACACCGACAAGCAAUCCAACACCAAACGUUGCACUGGACUACUGCCAGCGCGAUGAUGGAAGGUGGCGCAGAACCGAGUUUAUCUUUGACAGUGACAAAGUUGACGUUCUCCCCCUUGAAGACUUGACAUUCUUUCAUCGAGCAGUUGGCAACGAACAGUUUGGCGUCAAAAUUGGACCAGUUUGCUACCAGUGAUUAAGUUUUGGAGGACAUUUGACAGAUUACGACGACUUAGUUUCUUUUAGUAGAAAGCGACUAAACCAGCUAUUAAGAAAGCCGCUGUAUUUAUUUUUUAUAGACAGGGGAUACUUUCCCGCUCUUGGCUACUUCUUACAUUAAAUCUCUAUGGUUUAACCAUAUAACGUUCUUAAAUCACCGGACUCUAAACUAACUCUUUGUACCCUUGCUGGUCAAGUUUCAUUUAAACAAGAAGGGUUUAUUAUUAUCUAACGUGGGACCUGAAUUAACUGCGGCGACAGUGGCGUGUGCUGCUCUCAACGUCCAGUCAAGGGUAACCGUAGACACCAGUUUGGCACUUUUGAGAACGGCUGGUUACUCGGCUAAAUGAGGGACUGAGAGUAUGAGUUUUAAAUGUGUUUUGUUGAGAAGGGAAGGGAAUGACUCCGAACAAACAAGGUUUAUUUAGGUUAAACAUUUCUGUACUUCUUACACCAGUUGUUUGGGAGGAGGUAAGGAGUGGUCGGCGAAAGUUGCUAAUGCAGUAUUUUAGAUCAAGCAAUAGCUAGCUCUAACUAAAGUUCUUAACAGUACCCAAAAACUUGUGAGUUAACGUUAGAACGUAUCUGCAUGUAAUUUGUGCGGUUUCCACUUUUAUUCUAAAUGUUUAAACCUAAAAAGUUGAGACGGUUUUGUUUUGUAAGAUUGAGUAGAAUUUUAAUAAAAAUCCGAAUAAAAUAGCCGGGGCUCUUUCACCGCUGCUUUGAAAGGUUGAAUUGACUUAGAAACUACGACAUAAUUCAUGUUUCUUUUCGAAAUCAGCUAAGUAGAAACCUCAAGCCCGUAAUCAUGUGAACCUGACCAUCAACGAUUACUGGAAAUGAAAUGGGUGGGCCAGGAAGCAGUGAAAGUUUUAUGUCAAGGAUAGCAAUAAACGUUCCAAAGUGAAAAAUUCAAAAAGCGUUCAUAUAUCCGCGCCAAUCUUGAAUUUUACAACGCUUCUGCACAUUUCAUUUUCAGUCAGGACACUAGAUGCUGGUCGUCAUUCUCUUGAUUGACAAGGUCACGUGGUUCAGCACAGGGUUUUAACGCACCCAUCAGGUCGCUGGUUAAAACGAACGAGUGUGUUAAAUUAGCGAUUUAUUCUGUGUUUUCUACCCUGUUUCCAGUUGUAUAAUAACCACUUCGCAAUAAUUUAUUAUCUAAAACCUUUGGCGUUUAAUCAGAAAUUAACACUAUGAAAUUAAAGGUUCCCAUUGGAGCGCGAAAAUUUGUCAGAUUAGGAUUCGCUCUAACCAACGCAACUCUAUUGUUUUAAGGAGUUGAAGGGUGAGAUGUUGCUAAAGCUGCUUUUAAACAAAUAAAAUUGAAGUUAAAACAUUGGCGAUAGCCGCUGUUGCAAAGUACAACAGAGUAAGGAAAUUUCAACUAAAGUAGCUAAACUUAAAUUAAUCUUGAAUGUUUGCCAAUAUCGUAACGGAGUUGAUCUGAUAUUGAGAUAAUAACGAUACGACGACAAGACGAGAACGCGAUUAAUUUCACCCGGCUGGCAGACGGCAACUUUUUCAGAGCGAUCAUGGAAGAGAGUGAUAACAAAAAAAUCGUCUUCAAUUUACGUUAUUAUCACAACGGAGCCACAUAUCUACUAAAUUAAUUUUUUAAAAUGAAAACUCCAAAUGCCAGCGGAAAUAAAAAAAAUUGUGUCCGGCAUCCCUAUUAUACCAUACUAUAUUGACAAAUUGUUACUUUACUCAAUAAAAAACAAAGUAUAACACUUUGUUAAUAAUAACGAUAACUACAACAUAAGCGUUCAAUGAAAUAUUUCGGUUGAAAAACCUACUUCCCUUUUCCAAGGAAGUAAUUACAAAAUUUGUAGAUCUGUAUAUUAGUAUAUCGAACUAUUAUUAUAUUUUAGCUUUUGUCUUUUCUUAAAGGCAAUUCAACUGUGGAAUAGCAUUUAGAAUAAUUUAAUUGCCUCAUCUUAUUUAAAUGCUAACAUCAGUUCACUGCUAAUAUAAAUUACUCUUUGUAGUGCGGACUGUCGGUCGAUGCCGCGAAUUGUUUCCGAGUUAUUUUGUUUAUUUGAUUAACUGAAUAUAUUGUUUUCCCUUUGGAUCA